AUGUCUUCUAUCAAACAUGAACUUGUGUUAAGUGCAUUAAAAGUUAUUAGACCAACAAAAUAUUUAAAAAGUCUUGUUGUUUCUGCUAUAUGUUUAGGUGAAGGAAAAAGUAUUGAAAAUAUUUAUGUUGAAGAAUUAACAAAACAAUAUGGUAAAGAUGUAGCAAAAAAUUCUGAAAUUGAAUAUACUAGAGAUAUUAAUUCUUUAUUUAAUAAAAAAUAUUCUGAUAAAGAUUUAAUUAUUUUAUGUGAUAUUAUAACAAAUAAUUAUUCUAAUGAAAAAAAUUUUAACUGUGAAGAACUCUUUGAUGCUACAAUUAGUUGUUUAAAAGAAAAUGGUUAUAUAAUUAUUAAAGAAAAUUUACGUCGACAUGAAGGUCCACUUUUAACUAGAAUUAAUAAAUUUCUUCAAGAAAGUUAUUUAAUUAAAUUUUAUGAAAUGAAUCAAAUAAAAUAUUCUAUUUAUAUGGAAGGAAAUUUCUUAGAUAUUUAUUGGAUAUUAAGAAGAGAAGAUAAAACAUUUACUGAUAAAAAAAAAUUUCAUUUUUUUAAUUUUAUUGAGGAAUAUAGUUUAUUAAAAGCAGAUGUUAAAACUUUUGCUGGAAAAGAAUUUUUUCAUUUUAUUGAUUAUAAUGAAAAAGAACAUUGGAACCUUUUAGAUAGAUUUGAAAAAUUAAAAAGUGGUUCAUUAAUGUUACAGAUUGGAUUUACUUAUUUACAUCUUCAAACUGUUGUUAGAUAUAACAAUAUUCUUUUUUUAAUGAGUCCCUAUACAGAAACAAUAAUUGAUAAUCUUUUAUAUAAUCAACGUGCUAAAGAUAAUAGAAUAUUUUAUAUGUUAGCUAAUUUUCAUCUAUGUAUUUUUCCAUCUAACUAUUAUGAUAUUAUAUUUGUACCUAAUUUUCUCCAUUACAAUGAAGAUUAUGAAAGAUUUUUUAAAAAUUCUUAUAAUUGUUUAAAAAGUGGUGGUGAAAUAUUAAUAACAACUUUAGUUAUUGGUCCAGGAUCCCAAAAUCAAGAAUUUGAUGGAAUAGUUAAAUUUCAUAAAUUAUAUCUUAAAUCAAAAAAAGAAAUUAUAACUUUUAUGGAAAAAAAUGGUUUUUCUGAUAUUGAAAAUGAACAAAUGACAAAUAUAUUACUUAUAAAAAUAAAAAAAAUAUUAGAAAAUGAACCAAGUACUUUUACAAAUAAAAAAGCAACUUUUUUAAAUACAUAUAUUCAUUCUAAAAACCUUGAAUUUAUUUUAUUUUAUGAAAAUAUUAAAUAG